CUUUCUGUCCUAUUGCGAGCAACGCAUGCGCAGUUCAAAUAGCGUUGCUAUAGGGAAGAUGGCGGCAGUAGCUUUGGCGCUGCGUUCGGCUCUUCGGCAGUUCUUCCCCAUGCCAUGUGCUGGUCAAAUAAGAAGUUAUUAUGUGGACUGGAGGAUGGUACGUGAUGUUAAGAGAAGGAAAAUGGCUUUUGAUUAUGCAGAUGAGAGAUUACGGCUGAAUUGCAUUAGGAAAAAUAGAAUUUUGCCUAAAGAACUCCAGGAAAUUACCGAUAAGGAGAUAGCUGAUCUGCCCCGAGAUAGUUGCCCUGUGCGGAUCCACAAUCGAUGUGUUCUGACAUCCCGACCUAGAGGUGUGAAAAGGAGAUGGAGGCUCAGCCGAAUUGUCUUCCGCCAUCUAGCUGACCACGCCCAGCUCUCUGGGAUACAGAGGGCAAUGUGGUAACAUACAAGCAAGUAAUCUCUUCAAACAUGACAAAACUGUCCUAAUUGAAAACUCCUGAACAUGGAAUGGAAGAAUGAGAGAUGGUGAAUGUUAAGUAUGUUGGCAAGGAUGUCAGUCUGAUAUUAUGAAGAUGUGAACCUACUCUUGCAGCUCAGGAGAAGACAUGAAAAAUAAACUGUGACAGAUUUGA